GCAAGUUGUCUUUUGAGGUUAUGUCUUAAUGUCUGUGUUGUCUGAGUCUGAGGAAUAAUGUUUUUUAAUAGGUUACUUCUUUUUAAUAAUAGUCACUAAGUUUAUAUUGUUUUUCUGUCAAUGGUGUCUAUUCGAUUAUUUUAAUUGUUUGAACUGAUCCACUGCAAUGACUAUCGCAGAGUAUAUAUCGGCGCUGUCACAGAAUCCAUAUUUUGGAGCUGGAUUUGGUCUCUUUGGUGUUGGAGCCGGGGCUGCUAUUCUGAGAAAAAGUUAUCAACAAGGAAUAGUUCUUUUUAGACGAAGUUACAUGAUCACAUUGGAAGUUCCAUGUCGUGAUAAAAGUUAUCAAUGGCUCUUGCAGUGGAUCACUGAGAAAGGUGCUAGAAAGACUCAACAUUUAAGUGUAGAAACAAGUUUUGAACAACACGACUCUGGACAUAUAAAAACAAAAUAUGACUUUAUACCAAGCGUGGGAACACAUUACUUCAACUACGGAGGACAUUGGAUCAAAAUUGACAGGGUUAGAGAGCAACAGACUAUAGAUCUACAUAUGGGCAUCCCUUUUGAAACGGUUACAAUGACUUCAUUUGGAAGAAACAAGAGUGUUUUCUUCAACAUCUUAGAAGAAGUUUUUCUGUUUUUUACUAUCGAGAGCGAAAAAGUGACACUUUAGUAUUAGGUUUCAGGGAGUAAAGUAAGUACUUUAGACAGUAGGUGGAGGAAAAAUAUAUUUCACAUUAUUAUCACUAAAAAAGAAAAUAUUUAAAAUAUUAAAGAAAUAAUUCUGAAAGCCCAAAAAAAUCAAACUUAAAUUUGUUGAUAAAUUUUCUCAGGAGUUCCUUACCGCAGGGGCUACCUCCUUCACGGACCUCCAGGUUGCGGCAAAUCGUCCUUCAUCACAGCCCUAGCAGGUGAACUGGAGUAUGGCAUUUGUGUGAUGAAUCUGAGCGAUCGAAGCUUAUCGGACGACAGACUCAAUCACUUGCUUAGCAUAGCGCCGCAUAACACUAUCAUCCUACUAGAAGACAUUGAUUCCGCAUUUGUUAGCAGGGAAGAUACGAAGAAAGUUGCGAGUGCCUACGAGGGGUUAAACAGAGUUACUUUUAGUGGUCUUCUUAAUUGUUUGGACGGCGUUGCAUCGGCAGAAGCUCGUAUACUUUUCAUGACUACUAACUACAUUGAACGAUUGGACCCCGCUCUUGUUAGACCAGGAAGGGUGGAUGUAAAAGAGUUCAUAGGCCAUUGUACCACUGAGCAAAUCGAAAGGAUGUUCGUAAAAUUCUAUCUUCCCGAAAACUCUCAUCUAGCGAAGGAAUUUUCGGAAAAAGUCAGCCAACAUAAAAAACCAGUUUCACCUGCUCUACUGCAAGGGUUUUUCAUGCUUUACAAAGAUAAUCCUACGAAAAUGGUGGAAAAUUAUCAAAACUUAUGGACUCAAUAGUUAUAAUAUUGUUAGUCAGUGUGAAAUGUACAGUACAAAUGUCUUGUAUAUAAUAGGAAUUUGAUAUAAGUAUUAUUUAUUCAGUUGUUUGAAUAAACAGAAACAGUUAUUUCGACUUGA